AUGUGGCCCUGUCGCCAGAGGGACUGCCACCUUCAAGAUGUGCCGGAGGCCAUUCCAGAUGAGCUUUCCCUUCCCGCCCACAACCAAGCAGACAGCAGAAUGACUGAAGCACUUGACCAGCUGAGCCCAGCCAAGACCAUCCAAGACCAGCCCAGACCAGCCCAGAUCAGCAAGACCGCCCAGCUGGCCUAUAGCCACCAAGCAAAACUGAACACAUUGUUUUAA